AUGGGAAGCCAAUCUAAGGGGAGUGUGGACGGAGUUCAAAGUGAUGUGAAGGUUGUAGAGAAUAUGGAAACUAAGAAGAGUGGUGUUUAUGAUUUGUUGCUUAGAGUUCUUUGUUUCUUGCUCACUCUCACUGUUACGAUCAUUGUUGCUGUUGAUAAGGAAACGAAGGCUAUUUCCUAUGCUUCGUUUCAGUUCAAAGCUACUGCUAAGUGGGAAUAUAUGUCUGCCAGUGUGUUUUUCUUGGUGACAAAUGCUAUAGGAUGUUCAUACGCAGCAACAACAAUGGUGAUUUCAACUAUUGCAAGAAGUAGUGGAAACAAAAAUUUACUAUUGAUGAUAACAAUACUAGAUCUUGUUAUAUCUGCAUUACACUUCUCAGCCAAUGGAGCAGCUGCUGCAGUGGGGGUGUUAGGGCAGAAAGGAAACUCGCACGUGCAAUGGAUGAAAGUGUGUAAUGUAUUUGACGCCUAUUGUCGUCACAUGACUGCUGCUUUGGUUCUCUCUAUCAUUGGUUCAUCUGUCUUCCUUUUGCUUGUGGCUCACUCUAUUUUCAAACUCCAUUAUAACAGAUCAUACUAG